UGCAGUAAUACUACCAUCAGCCCUAUCCAUACAAAAACAGUGAUCCUAGCCUGGGCCAAAGCAAGUUAGUAACACUAGCCCAACCUGCGCCAAUCUAUAGGAAAAUGAUAAUGCCACCUGAACCUAGGCUAAAAAACUUACUAUCCCUGUCCAAAACCUAACCGUAUGAACAAACUUUACUAUAGGGUAGCAUAACCAGGGCCAAAGUCAUAUUCAUUUAAUGCAAGUCUGAACAUACAGACCUACUAUUCAGAUACUACAAUUCACACUGCAUUGCAGUAAAGAAGUGUACAAUCCAUAUAACAGCUGUUUCUUUUAAAUUCAGUGCUAAAUUUAGGGUCGCAUAGUGCAUUAAAAAUAAUUCAAAAAAUUUCCACUGCACACAUCAAGAAUGCUGAACCAUGAAACAAUUAUUUCUGUGCUUUUGCACUGGUAUAGGAAAUCUAACAUGUAAAUAUGCCUCUGUAUCCGGUUAUCUUAUUAUUAAAACACUCAUUAUCACUGUACACAAACCAAACACUUUAUUAGUAGCAUUAUACGAAUACUGGUUAGGGAUUCCCUUCAUUCUAAUGCAGAUUAUUUUGGUUAUUUGGGUGCACUUUCAUGUUGUAAAUCUCUCAUUCUGCCACAUCCCAACGGUGUUCUACUGGAUUCAGAUCCGGUGUCACACCGAGGAACACUGAAGUCACUGUCAUGUUCAGGAAACCAGUUUGUAGGUAGUCAAUUGAAGAUGGGUUAAAUUGUGCAACAUGGUCAGCAAAUAAUACUCAAAUACACUGUGACAUUGAUUGUCAUUAACAGGCCCAAAGAAAUCCAAGAACACAUUCCCCACACCAUUACACAUCCUUCACCACCAUAUAUGAGCUGUAGACGUUAUGGAGAAUCAUCAGGUCAGGCCACGUUUUUCCAGUUUUUCUGUCUUAGUGUAGGUGAGUCUGUACUUGGCUGUAUUUUCUGCUCAUCACAAUUGUACAGAGUGCUUAUCUUUAUAUCUGAGUUAUUGUAUCUUUUCUGUCUUUUCUGUCAGCUUGAACCAGUCUGUACUCGGUCAUCAACAAGGUGUUUCUUUCCAAACAUCUGCAGCUCACUAGAUGUUUUUUUCUUUAUUGCACCAUUCUGAGUAAACUCUAGAGUCUGUUGCAUAAAAAUCCCAGCAUAUCAACAUUUAUAAAAAUACUCAAAGCAGCCAGUCUGUCACCCCACACAUUUUCCCCCAUUCUGAUGGUUUAUGUGAACGUUACCUGAAGCUGCUAGCCUGUAUCUGCAUGAUUUUAUGCACUGCGCUGUCACCAAGUGAUUGGCUGAUUAGAUAAUUGCAUGAAUGAAUAGAUGUUUAGGUGUUCCUAAUAAAGUGCACAGUUUGUGUAGGCUACAUGUUUCAGAAUAUUGCAGGAGUACUGUAUGUUGAAGUAUUUCUUGCUGGAGAUUAAGCCAUGUACCCGCCACAGAAAUAGAAGAAGAAUAAAAAUGGCAUCACUUCGGAAAAAAAUUGGCAUUUUAACUUGUUCUAAAGAGUUUUUGUGACUGUUACAGGAAACUAAUAAUUGCCUUUGAAAAAUAUCUCUGUUAAGGUGGUGGCUUGUGUUCCGUUGCUUUGGUCACUUUUCUGGAUGACACUUUUAGCACCAUAAAAGACACAGACACUUUUAGCACCACGGAGGUAUUAUUGCAUAUACUGAAUAAAAAUGAGAGCUGCAACAAUUCCCGUUUGAGGAAGGAAACAUGCUGCUCCAUGCUUGUUUUUUUUUCCCCAGCAGACAGGAAAGUUUAUGACAGGGUUGCAUCUAAUUAGGUAAAUUUCAAAAUAAAUUGGAGUCAUUAGGACUGGAUUUAAUAUUAAAUUUAAAUUCAAUUUAAAAUUAAAGGCAAAGGGUAAGUACAGACAGUGUGUCUGUGCGUAUAGGACUAUUCCUAUUAAUAUUUUGCAAAAUAAAAAAAGGAUUAUGGAGUGUCUGUAUAUCAGAAAUGUGUGUGCACCAUAUUGUGUAACAUUUUCAAAUGUUGUAGAUGAAAUUCAUUAACAUGCUUUUUGAGAUGUAGUUUGGCUGGAAAUUUUACCGCAACCUGGUAAUCCUAGUUAAUAAUAUACAGAUUGGUGAUAGGGAACAAUUUGUGUGUGUGUGUGUGUGUGUGUGUGUGUGUGUGUGUGUGUGUGUGUGUGUGUGUGUGUGUGUGUGUGUGCCAAUUUCAGGGAUCAUUCAAUGAUUCACCAGAUAGUAGCUUAUAGCUAAGUGUACUAGCCUCUUGACUUUAUUUUGCCUGGGGCUGUCAUUAUUGAGAUUUAUCUUUAUUUUGCUUUAACUUUGUUUGUACAUUGCUUGUAGAUUUUAAAACAUAUUAAUGAAUAAUCACUUAAAAUUAUGUACCUGACCAUGAGAACCUAAUGCACCCUUUGAAUGUGAUGUCAAUUAAUAUCUAUGUAAUACAUCCUUAACUGUAUAUUCAGAAGGAGUUCCGAACUUACCUAAAAAGUUUCCAAAACGUUUCAGGUCUCUGCAAUAUGCAACUUUACCAUCAGGACAAAGCAAAGAGUCCUUCUAGAUGCUACACUUCUAAGCAUCCCCUAAAAGUACAUAGAAAAGAACUGUUCCAGGAAUGAAUAAUAGUGUUUAAGCUAAAGGUCUAUUAGCAUUCUAAAAGUAGAUAUGUUUUGAAACAAAUGUCACAUAGUAAUGAACUUUAUAGUCCUUUUCUAAAAAAGCUCUUCUAAACAUCCUGGGACACUCUUCUAAGCUUUUAUCCCUUCCUGUACAACACUGAGGCAGCCUGAAUCCUGCACUCAGACUGAACAAAAGUCCCUGUAGCUGGAAAGUGUACAUUUCUAACUGCAUUGCAUAUUAACUGCUAGAAUGAUUCAGUUUGUGCUGAGCUGCGGCUCAACACAGGUUGUCUAAGUGGGUGUGAACAGAGGUCAGGCACCUUGUUCUCGUUUCCUUUAGCAGGUUUAUUCGCAGCUUUGGGCCAAAGGCUCAGAGCUCUCCUCAGGAGACAGUGUCACCUGCCAGAGAUGAGUCUUUAGCCUCACACGGCUGAUGAAAAGCAGAAGCUCAGUAUAUUGAUUCUGCUAAAGCGAGUCAAGGAGAUGGAGUAAUUUUCCACUCUAAAAGUGGUACCAGGAAGUCAGCUUGUGUCAUUUUGUAGAUUUCCAUUCUUAAGAGGAAAUGUAUUUGCGUGGCGGUGGAUUCUUUGGCAUUCAGUGUAAAACAGAGCUUCUCAAAGUAGCCUCUGUGAUUUUUAUUUAUUUUAUUUAUUUAUUUUGAAAAUGUAAGAAAUCACAGUCCACCACGAAAUACUGCAUAAGGCAUAUUAGAUCUAUUCUUGCAUUUUUAUAGCUAUUAGCUUGCUUGACUAAUCACAUCAACUGUGUUUAAUCCAAACCUCAAGAACGUAAAAAAAUGUCAACACAAAGAUUAGUAAUAGAAAAGCUUUAAACAGUCAAACGAUUGUACACAUUUAUGUAAUAAGCCUUAAUGCUUGAAUAGCUGGAUGAUGUUAAUGUGUUGAAAACACAUUUUCAGUUUUUUACCAGAGUUUUAUCUGACUUAUUAAUAGUAUUAGUGAUCUUAGUGAUUUGUGUUUCUGUAUUCAGCAGAUGAUAUCCUGUCUCCGUUGAUCUGUGUAUUUAUCAGGUUGCAUGAUAAAAAAAUAUUUGCAUGGUGCUUUGCUUAAAUGCUUUCAUAAACAUUUCAGGAUUCCAUGAUGUAGGAAUUAAUGUUUGAGAUUAUACAAAGCUUGUGGAAUUGCAUGUACAGACUGUAUUUUAAAAUUGUAGUCUAGGAGCAAGUGUUUUUUGUUUUACACACUCUGUUGGCAUAUUUGAAUCGCUGUUAUUUGUAGGAUUUGCUAGUAGCCCAGCUUGUGGAUGUACAGUAGGACAGAGAAACAGUGUUUUAUCGGAUUUUGAGUAAGGCGGAUGUGAGACAGACUUUACUAUAACUAAACAACCACCUGGAUUCCAAGCCUCUAUAGCUAUGAUGUGGUGUAAAUUCUUAUUUAAACAUGCCAGAGAAGCGGAGGUGAAAAGGUCAAAUUUCAUAUCAUGUCUCCAAUACAAGCAAUAUGUGAUUCUAAGACUUCAACAAUACAGUUGAAAUCUAUACUAUACUAACUAUACUAUACUAACUAUACUAUCUCUCUAUACAGCAUCUUCAACACUGUAUUGAAAAUGAAAAGUUUGAGGUAUUUUGAACAUUUCUGUAUUAUAUUAAUUGAUUUAUUAAAGUCCCAGCCACAUGACUGGCUGAUUCAAGAACUACAUGAAUGUACAGGUAUACAGGUUUUCUUAAUAAAGUGGAUGGUGGCUGUGUAUUUGUCUGGCACUAACUCUUAUUAGUAAAAAUAUAGAUUUAAAAAAAACCUUUUUUUUUCUCAUUCUAUGUUCCAUUUUAUUUAUAUAAUUCGCUUUUUCUAAAAAGUAGAUUUAAGAUCGUUUUAGAUUGUUGUUAAUGGUAUUAACUACAUUGGCAUUUUAUUUUUACAUUUUAUUUAUUGUGAAGCACUUUUAGGUAUGAAGCUGAUAUAAAUAAACAAACAAACAAAUAAAUAAAUAAAAUGCAGUGCUUUGUUUCCACUAGACGAUGGUAUUCUGUUAUAAUUAUGUCACACAGAAUAAACUGCACUUAAACAUAUCACAUCUUGCUGGCUUUGCAAAGAAUCGCUCAGGUGCGUUUCUAAUGAACCAUAAACAGUUGCAGAUUUGGAGAAUACGUUAUAAUAAUUAGUUUGCAUUUUAUUUACUUACGCAUGCAUAGAAUUUAUACAUCAUAAUAAGCUAUAGAUCACCUUGCACAUAUUCAAGUAAAGAACCUACAACUUGUACAUAUUCUGUGUAUUAUAGUACAUUAUUAGUCACUGUAUAGUAAAAUCACACAGUUAAUAAGGUAUUACAUUUAUCUUCGCCAGGACCCCGACAGCAUGGGCAUCGAGAGGAAACCGGAGAACCCAGAAGAAGCCUAGAUGGUUGCAGGGAGCAUGUGUGAAACCCCACACAGACAGAAACUCACAUUCAGGAUUGAACCCAGGACCCUGGAGCGGUGCCACCAUUUUGCUUCGUUUGACACAUGAACAGAAGGAUGAAUGGAACUGAAGAGUCGUUAUAUUUGAAUGUCACAUCUACAAUGACACUACCAGUCCCCACCAAUUGUUCUCCAUCAAAUCGUGAACCCUAUCUGCAUAGACUGGCACAUCUGGAUGAGGGUCUCUAUAAUGACUUCUAUAGCCUGUGGAUUGCUCUGGUGGUUAUUAACACUCUGAUCUUUAUAUUGGGAAUGGCUCUCAACAGCCUUGCCUUGUAUGUCUUCUGUUUCCGUACAAAGUCCAAGUCCACAUCUGUUAUUUAUACUAUUAACCUAGCAAUCACAGAUCUUCUGGUAAACCUGUCACUUCCUACCCGCAUCAUACUGUAUUACAGCGGAGGCAGGUGCUUGAACUGUUCUUAUAUUCAUUUAUUCAGCUACUUUGUCAACAUGUACUGCAGCAUCCUCUUCCUCACCAGCAUCUGUGUGGACCGUUAUCUUGCCAUCGUACAGGUAGAGUCCUCUCACAAGUGGCGCAGCCGCAACAUGGCCAAAGUGGUUUGUAUCUGCAUCUGGCUGUUUGCCAUCAUUGUCACUUACUCUUUCCUCACGACAGCCUUCAAACAUUCAGCCUGCUGCGUGUCCAAGUUCUUCGCCCUCACUGUAUUCGAGUUCUUCCUGCCCUUGGUGAUCAUUGUGGUGUUCACGGUCAGGAUUAUGUGUGCACUAUCCAGCCCAGGCCUCAUGCAGCAAAGCCGGGACAGGCGAAUGAAGGCUGUGCAGUUACUCACUACAGUACUGGUGAUCUUCACCGUCUGCUUCACACCUUUUCAUGUUUGCCAAGUUCUGGUCUACUUCCACCCUGAUCUACCCCACCAUGUGAUUAUCUACCAUGUGACUGUCACACUCAGCAGCCUUAAUAGCUGCCUGGAUCCGGUCGUCUACUGCUUCGUCACCACCAACUUCCAAUCUACCAUGAAGAGGUUUUUACAAAAGGCCAAGGAAGAACAGACCAGUGGUGACAUUAUCAGCAUGCACAAAAGCUCUAGAGGUUCAGGCACCGUUUGUGCCAUCUCUAACAGCAUGAUUAUGAUAAAUAUGAAUUCUCCUAAAAAGGAAGGUGACGGAUAAAGCUGUAGAGUUUAUUGGAAAUAAUUAGCUAAAAAUUUUUAUUUAUCAUUUUAAUAUGUUAUGAUUGUGUAAAAUUUAAAUAUAAUGAAUUCAAAGCGAAUGAGAUCAUUUGUUUAGCUGUUUGUUCAGUACCAGAACAACUCACUGCAAAAACGACAUAUUUAUCAACUAAUAUUUCUCUUUAUGUGUUCUAAAACAAAUCUAAGAUUAUUAACUUUGUAGAUUUUUUAUUUUAAGCUUGUGACUGUCUGGUUCUGUUGAUGGAUAAUUUUGCUCAGUCCUAGCACUUCUUUCAUUCUUUAUUCUUUAUUUCUAAUUUCUUUUGAGAAGCAAAAGUAUCUGCCAAUAGAGUAUGACUGUUUGAAAUGGCUAAAUAUCUAUCCAGAAAUAAGCUUAUUGGUCUUUCGUUGCUAUAUAAUUAGCCCAUUAUAUGAAAUAUUAGAUUUUCAUUCAUUCAAGAUAUUGACAUUUACUAACAUUUUUGUUUCAUUUCUGUUUCAUUUUCAGUAGUGUUGUUUUGUAGGAUAAGAACAGCUAAUACAAUACUGGUGGAGAAUAUGUCUAUUAAGACACAUCUUCUGGUGUUCACAUAAGUUAUUGUAUAGUAGGAGUGCAUGUUCUUUUGGGUUUUCAAGUUUCCUCACAGAAACAUGCAGGUAGGUGGAUUGUGAGUCUACAUUCUGACUGUAGGUGUGUGUGUGUGUGUGUGUGUGUGUGUGUGUGUGUGUGUGUGUGUGUGUGUGUGUGUGUGUGUGUGUGUGUGUGUGUGUGUGUGUGUGUGUGUGUGUGUGUGUGUGUUGCCCUGUGAUAGGAAUAAAGAACAGCAGAAAUGCAUUUUUGUCAAACUCUUAUGGAAAACAGAUUUUGACAGUUCCCAAAUCCCUAAAGUGCCUAAACGUGUCUCUGAGGGGUUUCAGAUACUGUUCCUCAGGAUAACAUUAUUACUGUUUCAUACUAUAAUAAAUGUUAUAAUAGUUAACAGUUUGUUUAAUGAAUCAUUAGAGACAGCAAAAAAAAAGGAUUUGAGUGAACCACCACAUGGAACUGUGCAUAAUGCACUCAUUCAUACGUUUGUGCUAGCAGAUCGUUUUCCACAAGAGGGAGAUAUUGGUACUCUAGGUACUCAGCAAAAUUACAACAAAAGAAAA